AUGCGCAUUUAAGAACGGAAAGGUUGAGAAGCAAUCGGGACCGCGCUCAUCCAUUUAUUUGGUAAAUAGCUCUGGUGUAACAGGCCGAUCAUUAUGGGGCACACUGGACCCCGAAAAGGGAAGGACCCUGAUCGACCGACGACAGCGCAUAUCUUACUGCGGCGCUUCAUACCGGGAUAAAUCUUUUGUGUAUUCUAUAUUAAACGUCCACCCAGUGAGCUGCAAAGGAAGCGGCGUUUGCCGGGACCAAGUCAGCGCCAGAUCCGCGGCCGGUCGGUGAAGUGGAGACUUGAGGAAACUGGGAAGAAAGCGGUCUACAACCUAACUGAAUCAAGCUCCGAUGUGCGAGGAUGGUGGAUGAUUUGUCCCUCACGAGCCGGUCCGGUCAGCCCAGCCCAGUCCGAGCGGGGUGGGUUCAUUCGGAGUGAAAUCAGUCGACUCUUAUCCGUUGGCUUCUCCAUCGCCGGGCGGCGAUGUCCGCUUUCUGCCUGGACCUGCAGACGUGCGCCGUGGUUUCAGCACCACUGGAGCUGGACAGCGACUGCAUGGACCCCACGACCGGCUCCGCCGCUCAGGAGCCCGGCGGCUUCCAGGCACACCCGCUGCGGCACACCGGCUCCGGGGGCCUCGGCAUGGCCUUGGAGGAAGAGCUGGCCAUGCUCACCGGGGAGCGAGACGGCGAGGACGACCCGUCGAAUCUGGAGACGCCUGCUGUGGGGCACAGCGCAGACCUACGGGCGCUUUUCCAUCAAAAGGAGAAGGACUUGGUUCUAGCUGCUAAACUCGGCAAAGCGCUGCUGGAGAGAAACCAAGACUUGACCGAGCAAUACGAGAAAAUGCACAAAGAUCUAAACGAAAAAUUAGAGCACUUGGAGCAGGAAAAGCACGAGUUACGGCGACGUCUGGAAAGUCGAGAGGGGGAGUGGGAGGGUCGCGUGGCUGAGCUAGAGACGGAUGUCCAGCAGCUCCAGGGUGAGCUGGAGCUCCACCAGGUCCAGCUGAGAGAGGCUGACAGGGACAGGACCAAGGCCAUCAGUGAACUCUCCGAACAGAACCAUAGACUUCUGGAACAACUCAGUAGGGCUGCAGAGGUGGAGAGGCAGCUGUCCACUCAGGUCCACUCAUUACGGGACGAUUUCAGGGAGAAGAGUUUGUCUACAAGCCAACACAUGACACGACUAGAGACUCUGCAGGCCGAGCAAGGGCUAGAAAUAAAGAUGCUGUCUGAGAGGAAAGUGGAGCUGGAGCGCCGGGUGCACGCCGCGAUGGAGGAGAACGAGCUGCUGCAGAAUACGGUGGACGAUCUGAGAGAGAGGACGCUGGUGCUGGAGAAGCAGUGCCGCGAAAAGGACCUACAGUUGCGGCAGAACCAGAUGGAGCUCCAGGAGGUUCAGAUGUCCCACAGGCAGCUCACCUCGCGACUGGAGGAGCUGACGGAGGAGCACAGCCUCCAGAGCCUCCCCCCACAUCCAUCCAGCCUCCUGUGUGAGAUCGAGCAGAGCAUGGAGCAGGAGGAGCAGGAGCAGGAGAGGGAGCAGCUGCGUCUCCAGCUGUGGGAAGCCUACUGUGAGGUCCGCUCAAUCUGCUCCCAUCUCCGGGGAAACGAUGUCACAGACUCAGCGCUGUCCACGGACUCCUCCAUGGACGAGUCCUCGGAGACCUCCUCAGCCAAGGACGUGCCGACCGGCAGUCUCCACACAAGCCUGCUGGAGCUACGGAGGCUGACUCAACAUCUGCUGGAUGGCAACGAGUCCACGGGCUCACGGCGCAGUGAUGAGGAGGCGCUGGAGGAGCAGGUGAGGAAGCUGGGAGAGGAGCUGAGGGAGGUCAGAGAUCUGUACGAAGCCGAGCAGGAGAAGACGCGCAGGAAUGACGACGAGCUGCUGCAGCUGCACAAUCAGGUGGCGCUGCUUUCCGUAGAGGUGUGCUCGCUCCGAGAGGACAACGAGCGGAUGAGGGCAAUGGCAGACGUCCGGGAACCCAGCGAGCAGCUCCAGAGCGCGAUCCGAGACAGGGACGAGGCCAUAGCCAAGAAGAAAGCGGUUGAGAUGGAGUUGGCCAAGUGUAAAAUAGAUAUCAUGUCGCUAAAUAGCCAACUCCUGGACGCCAUCCAGCAGAAGCUCAACCUCUCACAGCAGCUGGAGGCCUGGCAGGAUGAUAUGCACAGAGUGAUUGACCAGCAGCUGAUGGACAAGCACCAGGACGAGUGGCUUGUGGCCCACGGCAAUCAGUCCUCCCGAAGAGCUCAGCGCAUCUCUGACCAGGAGAAGAGACUUUUCUCUUUUUUUAAAAAGAACUGAGCCCCACAGGACUAGACCCGAGCGCAGCCGACGGAGGCCGAAGAGGCGUGACAUCACAGUACAAGGGUAACAGCACAGCCAAAGAUGGGCAGUGGCGCACACUGAGGUUUGGGGGGGGGUCAUUUUGCACUUUAUCUGUCCACCUACUCUCCUCCUUGCUGAUUAAUUGGUGACAGGGAGAUAUAAAUAAAAGAACAGGACUUCCCCAGAGGCUUUGGCUACAGCCCCUCUAGAAGAAGGCUGUCGGUCGCAAAGUUUACCUGCAAGCAUGAAGGUUUCCUUGUAGUGCCUAAAUCCAUCUCUACUAGUCCACUGCCAACUCUGUAGAGAAGGAUCAUUAUGAACAAACUCAAUGUAUGCAUACCAGUUAUCAGGCCAAGGAGUCUGGGGAAAGGCGCGGGGGAAUAUGGGCCUCUGCAGGGUCAAAGCAGGACGGAUGACCAGCACGAUGAUGCUCCAGCUAAUCCAAGUGAUCGCUCAGGUUUAUUCAUUUGUUCAGGGCAUGUUCCCAACAGGAGGCAGCAGCAGCUCUGUGCCCAUCAGUCUGUCUGUCAGCGGCUGCACAUUUAUUCAAUAGUAACGUUUGUUUUUUUAGUUUAGUCUCAGUAUUUACCACAGUUUACAGACACAGACCCAAACUUCAAAGCAGAGUGACAAAAUGGGAUAAAAUAUUUAAAGCGACUUUCAUUUACUUGACUGGCGGACGUACAAAGGAGAUAUUAAGCUGCACUAAUCUGUAUUUUUAUAUUAAAAGUAGAUUAUAAAUAGAUGAUAGAUUCACCAGUUACUUCUCGUCUAUAUAAUGUAAUUACCAGCAGCUGGAUGUCUCAUCACAGGCAUAUAAACGUGAAACCUUUGCUGCUGUGUUUACAGUUAGUCCCACACUUCUAUUCUUAAAAAUGUGCAGCUGCCUGAAGCUGAACCACUGAAUAUCAUCUUCCAAAGACUGGACUUGAUAAAGCCAUGUAGCCCUUUUGAAUCAGACUCCACAAAUAAUAAAUAACACUAGGGUGAUAGGAUGGUUUUAUGUGACAUUGCAGCAUCAAAGAAUCCCUCGGGUUAAAUGAAUGUAUGAAAACCAGCACUUUCUCCUGGGAUCUGCCUCUCACUGGUUCUGUGGUGAACGUCAUGAGGCCUUCCUGUUCAUCUCUGACAUCUGAAUAAAUCCUUGGGUUGCUGUAGUCAUUGGCUCCACUGGUCUGGGUGUCACAUUCUUCUACAGUUCACAUUACAUUGAACAUUCAAAACACUGAGACCUUUUCCUCAUGAUUCCAUUAUCUUCCUAGUUGACCAAAUGUUCCAAAUGUUUACAUCAGCUUGAGGAGGAGGAAGAACUACAUUGAACUUUAAUCAGUUCUCGGUUGAUUUUCAUUUAAUUCAAAGGUGUGUAGUAGUGAAGGCACUAAACUCAACUUUCUCUGUCGUGGUCAGACUCUGAGCUGAUUCAGGUCACACAAUAGAAAAGGUCUACCUCCAUUGUCGUCGCUUCAAUACUUCAUAGGCACUUUGAUUUCUUAGCUGUUGGGCUUCCGUUGUCGGUGACAUAGCUGUAAAUCCACAGGUAAAACGGUGUGUUUUGACCCAGAGCAUUGAUGACUUGCAGUGUGGCACCGUUAUGUCUGUCUGUACUUGGUCUUGUAUCUAAUGCCACUGUGCAAACCUAUGCAGAUGUCUUCUUGUCAUCUUAGCUGGCUGUUGGAAAGGAUCAACCCAAAGAAUGAUUUUUAUAUGAAAAAAAAGCAGAAUAGGUUUGGAUGAAAUCAAUAUAUUUAUAAGAGAAAAAACAUAAAUUUUGAAUGAACAUGUUUUUUUUAGAGAGAAAUCUACCUGUUGGUUGUUUUUGUAGCUCUUUUUGUCACGUGUGACCCAAUUGCAAACAGGAAAUCCACUGGUAAAUUGACAUGAUCACACACAUAUGUGCGUAUUUGACUUCUCAGAACACCACAGAAGGUCCAGUUGGCAGUUCAUAUUAGCCUUUUCUGAUAAGUCACCCUUUAUAAAAUAUUUCAUAAAAGAGUUGUAAAUGUCUUAUGAGUAGUUUAAGCGUAUUAGUAACUAGUUUUUAGUAAUUAGUUUUAGAACAAAAUACUAAAUUAGUUUUAGUAAACUAGUAAUUAGUUUUUGAACACAGUUCCAUAUAAACAUGGGUGAAAGGUCAGAGCAGCAAUGAUGGGUUCUAAGUCAUCCAUAAAUUGGGAUGAAGAAACACUAAGGUGUCUCAGUAAUGUACUAGAAAAAGUCUGUAUUUGUAAAUUAGUAACUUUUUGUUAAAUGUAAUAUUUCCUGCUGGAGAAAUGAAAACCAGCCUUAAACAUUUUUCUCAGGAUAAAUCGAUUUAGUUUAUUUCUUAUUUAAGUUUGUUCGUGUGUGUAAGUAGCUUUUUUCAUAGUCUAGAUUUUUUUGUAGGUAGAAAUAAUCUGUGUUUGUAAUUAUUGUGACGUUCCACAGCAUAAAUGGUGUUUCAUUUAUUAUCGGUAAGUCCUGAUAAUAGACAACUGAAUAUAGGAACUAGGAACAAUUUCCGUUUAUUUGCCUGAAAUCAAACUAAGCUAAAAACUUGUCUAAAGCGUUUAGAUAACAUUAAUAGACAAUGAUAUAAUAAAAUAUUUUUUAAAAGAUUACGAAAUUCUAAAAUCUUGACUCUAAAAUUUUGAAUUAACCUGUAUUAUACUGUAUUAUAAAUAUUACUUCACAAAUAAU